AUGCAACCGUCAUCUCGAGCACCUGGCCAAGAGGUCGAAGAUCCUUCUUCUGUCCCCAAACCCAACAUUGACUUUGUCGAGAGCAUGGAGGCAGGUAAACAUGCCAGCUAUGUCGAAACAGUAGCAGCACGUUUAUCCAAGUCACAUCGUGACUACCUCAUGGAACGCCAUGGGACAUUGGACCUCGAUCCUAUCCCAGGUCUAGGGCCUGCAGACCCUCUCAACUGGCCCGAAUGGAAGAAAAUGAUGAACCUAAUUCUAGUUGCCUUCCAUGCAUGCAUGGGCACUUUCACCGCCGCGGCCAUCAUUCCAGCGUAUUCAAAUAUUGUUGAGUUGUAUGGUGUUUCCACUCAGAGGGCAAGUUAUCUGACGACACUUCAAAUUUGCAUUCUGGGUGGUGCGCCUCUGUUCUGGAAACCGCUGUCCAACCGCUUUGGGCGUCGUCCCAUAUUCCUCAUUUCCUUAAUCUGCAGUUUAGUAUGCAAUGUGGGAUGUGCCAAAAGUAAUACUUAUGGUUCGACCGCUGCGUGCAGAGCUCUUGGGGCGUUCUUUAUUGCCCCGGCUUCUGCUAUUGGUAGUGCUGUGGUGAUGGAAACAACCUUCAAGAAGGAUCGGGCGCGAUACAUGGGGAUUUGGACCCUGAUGAUCACUUUAGGAGUUCCUGGUGGGCCAUUUAUCUUUGGAUUUGUGGCAUAUCGGGCGGGUUAUGAGUGGAUCUACUGGGUGCUUGCAAUGAUCAACGGAGGACAGUUCAUCUUGUACCUCUUCUUUGGACCCGAAUCUCGUUACGUGGAUAAUGGUGCCGACCGUCAUGGGUCGAACUGGAAGGUUGAAUAUCUCUACGUGCGACGCAUCGACGCGACCCCUUUCACUUGGUACGAAUUCGUCAAGCCUCUGACCAUGGCUGCACAUCCGUCUAUUGUCAUACCCACCUGUGCAUAUGCAAUGGUCUUCCUUUUCGGUAGUAUCUUGACAACAGUGGAAGUGCCAGAUUUGCUGCAACAGAAAUUUGACCUCAACACGGAGCAGCUUGGAAUGCAGUUCCUGGGUGUCAUCAUCGGCUCCGUAUUGGGUGAGCAAAUGGGCGGUAACCUGUCCGACUACUGGAUGAAGCAGCGUUCACGUCGAAUCCAAGACAACCCAGAGCCUGAAUUCCGACUUUGGCUAAGUUACUUUGGCUUUGCACUCACUAUUGUCGGUUUGAUUGUUUUCUUGGUUUGCACGCAAACGGCCUCCUCAGGCCACUGGACAGUGACCCCCAUUAUUGGCACUGCCAUCAGUGCCGUGGGUACUCAGCUGGUCACCACUGUCAUGGUCACAUAUGCCAUGGACUGCUAUCCUGGAGAAGCAGCCAGUGUUGGUGUAUUUAUUACCUUUGUCCGACAGAUCUGGGGAUUUCUCGGCCCAUUCUGGUUCGCACCCAUGUUCGAAAACGUCGGCAUCGCUGGAAGUGCAGGUGUUGGGUCCGGUAUGAUUGUCGCAGUCAGCGUGAUCCCAACCCUCUUCUUGCAGUGGAAGGGUAAGACCUGGCGUCAGAGACGGGAAGAGUAG